AGUGGGAAACACAGUUGAGUAGAAAGCAGAGGAGACGAAAGGAAGGAGAACAAACGUGCUUAAUGUUUCACCACCAUGCUCCAGACUGUGUAAACCUGCACUGAAAAAGCUCCACACACCUGCUCUCACCUCCACUCUACACACUUUCCUGAGUCCAAUGGAUAAACAUGACCCGGGCACCCCCCCUCCUCCCUACUACUCUGUUGCUGUCCACACACAGCCACCCCUCAGGUCUUAUGAAGAGGUGGUGUAUGGCUUCGGUCCAGGGAUGAUGCCCCCAACCCAGCCACGUUACAUCCCUCGGUAUCCAUCAUCUGUGGCUGUUCCCCAAGUCUCACAGCCCAUCACAAUCCCAAAGAAGAAAAAGGGAUGCUGUGAGAGCAAGAAAAGGUGCAUUGGUGUUUCGGUGUCAGUCCUACUGUUGCUUGCUCUGCUGGGGGUGGCCAUUUGGCUUGGAGUUGUGUACGGCACCAGGAGAGCAACAUCAGCGAUCCACUACGAUGAGCAUGAUGGGAGCAAUGAUGAGAAAACCCAAAGUGCAGUUUUGCCAAAGGACAACUGCCCAAACAAUACUGUAAUUUGUGAUGGAAAAGAGGACUGCCAACAUGGCACUGACGAAGCAUACUGUGUGAGGUUUGGUGAGGGAAACAGUCUGCAGGUCAGAACAGCCACAGAUGGCCGCUUCCUACCAGUGUGUAACCAAGGGUGGGAUGACAAUGAAGCCAAGCAGAUCUGCAAGCGGCAAGGAUUCAGAAACGUCUAUAUGACAGCUACAAUUCAAUCAGAUUCCACAGGUUUAACACUGAACAACAGUACAAGAUCUGCUCCAAUCCAGGCUCGGCUAAAUGUCAGUUCUCCCUGUCCGAACAAGCAGACUGUCUCCCUGCAGUGUGUGGAUUGUGGUAAGCAGCAGGCCACGUCCCGGAUCAUUGGUGGCACCAUAGCUAAACUAGGUCAUUGGCCUUGGCAGUUGUCACUACAGUUCAGAGGAUCCCAUGUCUGCGGAGGAGUCCUGAUCUCCCCUGAUUUUGUGCUUUCUGCUGCCCACUGUUUCCCAAGAGACAACUCGGCUCUAUCCCCUCAGAACUGGAAAGUAUAUGGUGGAACGGUGUCGCUGAACAACCUGCCUGUUCCGUACUUUGUUGAGAAGAUCAUAGUCAAUGAGAACUAUAACACUAAAACAAAUGACCAAGAUGUUGUUCUUCUCAAACUUACAUCCCCAGUCACUUUCAAUGAUAAAGUUCAGCCUGCUUGUCUGCCAGCAUAUAACCAGAACUUUGUCCAAGGAACUCAGUGCUGGACCUCGGGUUUUGGCACCACACAGGCCGGUUCAGGUGUUGUCUCGAAGGAUCUGAUGGAAGUGAGUGUGGACAUCAUUGAUACACGGGUGUGUAACAGUCGUGAUGCUUAUGGAGGUCUGGUGACCAAUAAUAUGCUUUGUGCUGGGAAACUCGAAGGAGGCAAAGACUCCUGUCAGGGUGACAGUGGUGGACCUCUGGUAUGCCAGGGAGAGAGUCGCUUUUACCUGGUGGGGAUUACCAGCUGGGGAGCUGGCUGUGGUGAAAAAAACAAACCCGGGGUUUACACCAGAGUCAGUAGUGUUCUGCCCUGGAUCUACACAAGCAUGCAUAGAGCUAUGGUGUGACAUCACUUUGCCUCCUGCUGGUGUUUUCCUCCCAAUGAAGUUGUCUUGAGGGAGUAGCAGCAUGACAGAAAUGCCCACAUACAUUCAUUAAUGUUGUGCUCAUCAUCUAUACUCAUCCCAGGUCACAUGGAUUUAAUAUAUUUUACACUACCCACAUGUAUACAAGCUAAUCAGUGCACUGACUUCAGUCUUUCAAUUUUGAUUUUAUUCUUUUGUGUGUACUAAAGCUUAUUUUUAAUUUAAGUGAGCUUUAAAAGCAGAUUUUUUUCAAUUGUAUCUUAUUGUAAUAAAUUCAAUGAAAGGCUUUACUGAGGUUCUACUGAGAUUUCCUUAAUCAGUUUGUGUUUGAUUAAUGUAUGAUUGUGUAUGAUUAAUUAUUAUGAAGGUGUUUUUUUUCUCUCAGGAACACAAUUUUAACUGUUGUGUACCAUAUUAAAAUCAAAACAUUUUGUGCAUUACCUUGCACUUGAGUCACUAAGCAGUGCACUUAAGCCACUACUCAUGUUGGAAUUUUUCUUGAAAUUGUUCUUGAUUGUAUGCCAUUUUUCCGUAUUCUUUGUUAUGUUCAUGUCAUAAGUUUGUGAAGGAUUGCGCGAAUAACAAACACAACAUAUAUCAGAUAAAGAAGGAACCAUCCACCCCCCUUUGUUGUGGUGUUUAAUGAUUUUGUGAGCAGGAGGGUCUGUGGUGAGCGUGCCUGGUGUGUGAGAGAGGGAGAGAUGCAGAAAGGGAGCGGCAGGGACGAUUCCACGCACUAAAUAAGCAGUCACUCCAGGAGUCACACUGUUGUCGUCAUCACAUCUAUUUUUCCAGGGGAAGUACAUAUGAGCAGGUUGCACAUAUUGACAGAUGAGAAUACUUGAAGCAGAGUCCUUGUGAGACAAACUGAUUGAUUUUUGCAGGUGGAUAUCAGUUUGUUAACCAACGGUCCGCUGGAGAAACAAAAGCAGUUGCCAUGGAAACUAUUUUGCUCAUCGUCUCUUCACUCCUUGUAUAUAUGACUGCUGCAACAAACACUGAUACAGAGGGGGCAACCAAUACAUCUGAAAACCCAUUUAUUUAUGACUAUGAGACCUUGAGGAUUGGGGGAUUGGCAUUUGCAGUGGUGCUGUUUACACUUGGCAUUCUUCUAAUCCUCAGUCGGCGAUGCCGCUGUGGUAUUAACCAGAAGCCCAGGGCCCCCGGAGAUGAAGAGGCACAGGAGGAGAAUCUGAUUGUCUCCAAGGCUGCAGCAGCUGCCAAGGAGACUCCACCAGAGAACUGAGGCAACUCUAAAGAACUACCUUCUGAAAUGAAGAUUUUAUUUGAUACUUGUCUACAAUAAUAGUGAAGGUGUGGGUGAUUAUUAUAACCGGUCAUGCGAUAGGGUAAGAGGGGAGGUAUAUGUUUAGAGGAUUAAUGCUGAUAUGUACAUAAUUCUUGUGCCUGCUGUUCUUCGUUGUGAUCAUGCCAGUCCCUCCCUCGCUGCCUGUGCUCUUGUCCAGUCCUGUGCCUUUCUGUGACCGUGUCUCCACUUCAUUGUCGUAGCCAGUAGCACCUUUAAUGCAAGAUUGUCUUUAAAAGAAAAGAAGACUUUCAAAUCUUGUGUGACCUGCUGUUCCUAAUUGUUUUGUUAAUUGUCCAGCGUCUUAUUUUGCCACAGUUAGAAUAUAACACACACACACACAUAUAUAUAUAUAUAUAUAUAUAUAUAUAUAUAUAUAUGUAUCAAUACGAUAUGUGUAUAAGUAGUACUGACAGUUCACGGAAAUAUGUUCACAGAAAUAUGAAUAUCUUCAUUUACGUCUAAGUGUGAAUGGCUGGGUGUGUUUGUGUGGCCACAUGAGUGUAGUUAUGUGUGCAUGCAUAUCCUGUAUGUGUAUGAUUGUGUGUACAUCACAAGUGCAUGUGCAUCUCUACAUGCAAGUGUGAUGAGCCUUAUAUAAGACAAUCUCAACUGCCACAGCUCUCUUGAGGGAGCACAGUAGUGUGCAGGUGCCUGCAUGGGCCCCUCCACCGCAGUGUUUAACAGUUCAUAGUGGAGGAAGCUUCUGCAUCAGCUAUCUCACUGCCACCUUCUCCACAUAUCCACUCCACUGCUCUGUCACUGGCUCCGUCAGGAUUAGCUAGUCUCCAGCAGGCUAUAAUUAGUUUUCCCAUACACACUCACUGGUGCCACAAAUCUGUCGAGCCAGGGUAUCGUUCUUUUCUCUUUGUUAUUUGUUUAGUCAGUCUCAUGAUGUUUUAAAUAACUAGACAUGCAUUACACUGCCGGAAGAGAGAUUAAGUUUGUCUGUGGAGUUUGAGAGUCGUGAUAUUGAUAUUAUUUGUUUGCCAGACUACAUUAAUAGUAGCCUAAUGUAAGCCAAAUUAUAGAGAGAGUAUAGAUGACUAGUCCUUGUUGUCACCCUGCUGCCAGGUCGGGUUUUAACCAGUAUUAAGUCUGAAAUUAAACAUGACAGCUAAACAAGUAAAUAUGUUCAUUCUUCACACAAGAGCCUUGUUGUGUGGCAACCUGUUGUGCUUUGGCAUAAAUAAAAGUGGCGGAACACAAAA